GUGAUUCUGGUAAACAUUACAGUCAUGUAGUCGUUUUGAGUCUCCCAUAUUGUCUUUGCAGUUUCCAAAAUAAUUCACCCAUUUUGAGACAACAUUGCAGGUUGCUACCGUACCAUGUUGUAGCGGACUAUGAAGCAGAGGAGGAUGACAGAAUCCUUGAUUCCGACUCUACCGGCUCAAUGCCAUCUCGAUCUCAGCAGUGGGACUACAACAUUGCUGCAAAAGUUGCAGAAUUCACCGGCACAUUCGAGAAGCAGGCACUAGCUUUCAACAUAAUCACCCGGAAGCGAGCCAUGGGUGAGUUCCGUUCAGAAGAGAGGCUGAUGAUCGAACAGGCUCUCCUCCAAGAAGAAAAAAGAAUGCUGCUGGAGACCAAAGCGGAACUGGAAGCUAGGGAGAAGGCCCACCGGGAAGCCCAGCUGCGGAUGGCUGCAGCAGCUAUGGCCCAGGCAGAGCAGGCGCGUGCUGAGUCGCAUGCUCAUGCAGAAAUGAUGGCUCGAGGCCCUAUAAGGGCGAAUGCGCUUGCAGGCUCGCAGGGCUCGAUCGGUCACGACAUGGGAGAGCAGGAACACAAUGUGAACCCUGACGAGAUGAUGAAUGGGUGGGGAAACAACAUGCAGCGAGAUGACAAGGAGCCGUCGGAGGAUUUCUUGAAUGACGAUGAAGAGAAUGACAAUGGGGAUACAGCGGCCCAAGGAGGCGAGUGGCGUGAAGCUCGGGAAUUCGAUCUCAAUUCAAGAUGAACGGGAAGGUCUCCCGCAUAUGUUUGCUGCUUCGAUAGAUUUUUCAUGUAAUCUAAUGUCGUAAGCUUCCUCAGUCUGUAGAACCUAUUUUCAUCACCUAGAGCACUGGUUGUCGAGACUUGGUUGAAUCAAAGUUUACUAAGGGACAGGGAUUUGUACUCUGCUUUUGGUGCUUUCUUGUUGAGAAUUCACAGCUUCUAUAAAGUAGGUAAUAUAAGGUAGAAGGGGACGUUUACUGUUAGAACUAAUCCAUAUAUGCUUCUAUGUUCUAAGUCUUUAACAAUUCUGCUGAUAAUACAGUCGAUGAGCUUGUUUUAUUCUCCCCUGUAUUUAAUAACGAAAUAUGCAAACAAAUAGUGGCUAGGGUCAGGUCGGCAUUUGGAGAUUCGUAUGUGUUUGUUCUGUACAUCAUCGUUCCAUAUUCCCUGCCUAUUGGUGAGGUUUCGGUUAACCGCAACUUGUGAGAUAAUAUGAACAAACCUUAAAGGUAUUG